AUGAAAAUCUAAGAAUAGAAAGUUGUAACUUGUAACGUGUAGCUCUGUAAGGUGAAGAAGCUUACAAACAUGGAUUUACAUGCACUCCGUUUAUCGCAUCCCUUCCUCAUUCUCAACAACACCAACACCAACGCUCUCUCUCUCCGCAACACAAUUUUAGGGUUUAAUCGUCGCAGUCGCCGGUGGUUGAAGCUGGAAGCCACCAACACAAACGGCGCCGCUUUGGACGAAGCUGCUUUCGAGGCGGAGAGGUUGGCCCUCGACGCUGAAGCUCGCUCCGCCAUGGCUCAACAAGGCCAAGCUUCCAUCUCUGACAGCAACGAUCCCAAGGCUUGGAAAUGGAUCAUCCGAAAGAGGAUUUGGGAUUCCAUGGAAGCUCACAACUUUGCUCAGAAUCCAAGGCCUGUUCAUCACCGCAUUCCCAAUUUCGUUGGCGCUUCCUCUGCUGCUGAUAAGAUGAGGUCGCUAGAUGUGUUUCAAGCUGCGCAGUGUGUCAAGGUUAAUCCAGAUUCUCCUCAGAAACAAGUCAGGUUUCUCACUCUCUCAGAUGGAAAGAAGUUGUUAACUCCUCAGCCACGCUUAAGGACAGGAUUUUUCUCUAUACUUGAAUCCAAUAUGUUACCUCCGGGUACCAUCAAGGAAGCCUGCACUUCUGUUGGGGUUGCCAAGCACGGACGGCCAAUUGGGUUAGAUGAAAAGAUAAAAGUAGAUGUUAUUGUUAUUGGAUCCGUUGCUGUUGAUCCAAAGACAGGUGCUCGACUGGGGAAAGGAGAGGGAUUUGCAGAACUUGAAUAUGGUAUGCUGCGGUAUAUGGGAGCUAUUGAUGAUUCAACCCCAGUUGUCACCUCUGUGCAUGAUUGCCAAUUAGUGGAUGAUAUUCCAGUUGAAAAGCUGUUAAUCCAUGAUGUGCCGGUGGAUAUCAUUUGCACACCAACCCAAGUCAUCUUCACGAACACAUCUAUUCCAAAGCCUCAAGGAAUUUAUUGGGAUAAAUUGUCUCCUGAGAAGUUGGGACAAAUCCGUAUACUAAGAGAGCUCAAGAAGAGGAUUGAAAGAGAGACUGGACAAAAGCUUCCUACUGGCCCUUCAGAGAAAUUGCCCCCUACUGCACGAAGAGGGCAACGGGGUUAACUGGGAUUGUGAGUUUUUGAUGGAUAUGUAUAUAAGAAAUUUUUUCAAUAAGUUAUAUAUAAAUAAAGGGGGGAAAAAAAAGAAAAGAAAAAGAAAUGUUCAAUACAUUAUUCUGAAAUUAUUGUUUUCUAUCAUUGAUGAUGUUUGGGGAGAAAGAACUACUAGUAAAUGUUGCUUAUUAACGUGCAAGAGGGAUCACAAAUAUGAAACCUCUUUGUAUUUUUAUUUCAUAGGUGGUAACUCAAAAGUCAAAACACCACUUUCUCCUCUUCUUUCUAGCUUAAUAUUGAAAUUCCCCAACUGUCAUAUUUAGUUUAUGAUAUGAUGACUUGUACGCCUUUUGGUGUUUUGUAUGAUGAUAUAUAUUAUUUUGUUUAUAUU